AUGGCGUAUAGCAGUUUUGUGCUGCUGGUGAUGGGAGUACUGUCCUGUCCUUUACCGGCAGCAGAGAGCAGACCUGAGGACUUCUGGUGUAAACCCGAGGUCAGAGCAAACAGGAGGCAGAGCGCGGAGGCUGCGAUCGACAAGAUGAUAGAUUGCCAGAGUUCAGUAGAUGUUCAGGCCGCACCAGUCCCAUGUCCUUUUGUGGGGAUCAACCACCAGAGAUGGAACAAUCUGACUGUGUUAGAAAGGUUUUCAGAGACAGUGAGCGACCUGCAGCUGCUACACGAGGGACUGGAGGAUAUAAAGAAUGUGACAUCAUUAAGCUGCCGGUCUCUGUUUGAGGACAUUCAGCUCCACAUGAGGAACAACCGAGCCAUCCUGCUGCGUCAGAUACAAAACGCCACAGCAGAGGCUUCUUCUCCUCCGCAGACGUGUUCGGGACUCACAGAAGCACUCAGACGUUACCAGAAACUUCUGUUGGGAAAACUGGAGCUGUUUGUGAAAUCUUACGGAGAAAACAUCUGCAACGAAGAAACGACAGACUCGAUCAGCAACAGAUAA